CAUGCAGCACUGCCCAAACAAACCCGAUAUCCUUUCAAAUUUGGCGCUUGUGUCAUCUCCACGUCGCUUCCUGAAACAGCGCUCGUGAUUUGUAGUUUGGACGUCCCGGGACAAAACCUAACCAAUAAAAACCAUCCUUACAGACUUCCGUCAGGGCAGGCGAUCUAGCGGCCAUUUUCCCGGCAGACUGUGAGGCUUGAGGAUACAAGAAAUCCGACAUGUGUCAGAACUGCGUCAACAACGUCUUUCCGGACAGGGGCCACACGUGCCUGGAGAGUGGGUCCUACCUGAUGAACUUUGCGUCCUGUGCACAGUGUAACAAGAAAGAGUUGAUCAAAAUCCACAACAAAGAAGAGAGGGAGGAGGAGCAAGAACAAGUCAUCACAUACCAACAUUUGUGCCAGAACUGUGACCAUGUGAUAGCAGAACACGAGUACAGAUUCUGUGUGGAGGAAGGCUAUCAGGAGUAUCAGAUGACAGUGUCAUAUUCCAUGUUCCACACUACAGAGUAUCAGAUGACAGUGUCAUAUUCCAUGUUCCACACUACAGGAGUAUCAGAUGACAUGUCUGCUGUGUGGCUCAGGAGAGGAUUCCAUCAGUGUUCUGCCAGAUGAUCCCAGGAAGGAGAUGGACUUGUUUUGAUCACAAAAAGGAACACAUUUAGUUUAGUCUAGAGGACUGAAUUGUUGUAUGGCGGGAAUGCUGAAAGCAUGUCAUAUUUUUCUCAAAGUUUAAUGUGCAUAUCGGCAGUAGACAUAAGUGUUGUUCUGUAACAUCAGGGACAUUCAAACUUAUGAAAUGUAUCAGCGUACUACAAAAAAAUAGUCGAGAGAAAGUGACUGUUACAGUAUCCUUCUCUUCUACUAUAGCUACUCGUAUCGUUGAUACAUGAGAAACUAUCCUUGACAAGACUGUCCUUAUGUCCAACUUUAACUGCAAUGUAAUGUUACAUUUCCAUGUGAGAAAAAUAACCAAGCGUUGCAGUCUGUAAACA